GAAUUAUUUUCUUAGACAUAUGUUUUUUUCGUGAAUAUUCUACUGUUUCACCCUAACAUAAUAUUAUUUUGAUCUCAACUUUUAUAUCAAACAGUUUUUUUUGAUUUACAACGUUGAUUAAAUAGAAAUAUUUUGUCGUAUUUAUUGAAAAAUAAUCUAAAUAAACAAAUAUUGGAUUUUUAAAAAAUGUUCUUCUACCAAACCCAAUCCAAUAGAUGACUUAUGUUUACCAAAAAAAAACCUUCAUAUAUGAAUGGAUGAUCUAUGAAAGUAUUCAACAUGACCUUUACAUAAUUUUCUCCUUUUUUUUCAACGAUCUUCGCUGUAAACCUAAUAGAUUUUCCAGCUUUUACAUACAGAAAAAAACUAAUAGACUUUCUAACAGCUAACUCUCAAUAGUAAUGUUAUUUUAUUUUUUUAUUGUCAUAAGAUAAUCUGUAGAGAUUAUGAUUAGUUUUCGAAAUAAUAUUCAACUCGAAAAGUAUGUCAACUAGUACUCCGUUUAGAAUAACAACGUUUUUCCUGUUACUGACGCAUGAUUGUCAUGUUGUUAGAAUAAAAUAUAUAUUGCUCUAUAAUUAAAUGUCGUUUUAAAAAGAUUUUAAACUAAUAUAUUCUUCAUUAAAUUCUUCAACAAAAAUUUCUUUUUAUCGUUCUUUUUUUUGAAGGGUUGAGAUGUACGAAUAAUUAAUGGAAAUUUUAAUAAAACAAUUGCUACUGAUAUGUUUUGUCAGAUAUAUAUGAUAAAAUUGAAGAAAAAAAAAAUUUUCUUAUUUAUUUUCAAAGGAUAGUCAGCUCGUGAACAAGUGUUAUGGUUCUCGUUAUCAAUGGAUUAUUCUUGGUUAUCCAUCAUUAUCAACUUGGUGGAAUGAACCAACUGAUUGUUCAAUCCAAGAAAUAAUUCGUGUAAUUAAUGGUACAUUACAAACACGUCUACCACCUUUAUCUAUUGAUGAUAAUGAACUAUUUUUUAAAAAAUCUAUUGAGAAAAACAAAAGAAUUUUUUGUUUUUGUUUUUGAAUUAUUUUUUAGAAUCAAUCAGAAUAUAUUACGGAAUAUCUAAAACAAUUUUCUAAAUUAGAAAAAGAUUAUUUUCAUGGUUAUGUAUAUGAUACAAUAUGGAGUUUAGCAUAUCUUUAUCAAUCACAUUUAUUAAGUAAUCAAUCGAUUAGUGGAAUAUUUAAAAAUGUUAUUGAAAAUAUUGAUUUUAUUGAUGCUACUGGAAGAGUCAGGUAUUUAAAUGGUGGACGAAUAGGUCAAGGAGUUGUUGAACAAUUUAUUCAUAAGAAAAAUAUUUAA